UAUUGACGGGCUCCGAUUCUAGCGCUAUUUGAUGACUCCUCUGCCAGUGUUAUGAUGUGACCGGUCAGCCAGCCAGAGCGCUGUGUGUGGGGGGCUGUCGUCACAACUCGCAGACUGACCAGAGUGCAGGAGUGUAGGGAGGGGGGCUGUCGGAACAGUUCUGAGACAGAUCGGAGUGUAACGGAGUGUGCCAGCAGCUUGUCCUGUCUCAACACACCUGGAUUCAUUAAUCAAGUGCGUGUUUGGUGACCCUGCCGCUUGAAGACGUUUUGAACCAUGCUCAACCCGCACCAUGAGCCCUUUCACGGUGUACCAACUGACCGUUCUGUCCUUCGUGCUGGGUGGGACCUCCGUCGGCCUGUUCUCGCUGGCCGUGUCCACGGACUUCUGGCUGACCACUAGGGAGAAGAUGAUCAUCCCCGGGUACCCGGACAUGCCGGUCAACAACACCGUGCCCCUGUGGCUCAAGCUGUGGACGGGCUUGUGGCGGUUCUGUUUGGUGGCAGAGACCACCCCAGAUGAAGUCAACUGUAUGGGUGUCAGCUACGAAGACACAGCCACGGGCAGGGGGGAGCAGUACGGAUUGACGUCCAUCACGAUCAUAUCGGCUGCUCGCAGGUCUGUAGCACUUCCGGUGUCGUCACUCAUCCUCUCCGUCAUCGCCGUCAUCUUCACCGUCGUCGGCAACAUCAGGAAAGAUGCCAGGACGCUGGUCGGUGGUGUCUUCUUUAUACUGUCUGGUCUUUCACUGGCUGUAGGUAUGAUCCUCUACAUCUCUGCCAUCAACGAUGAGGUUGGGUACAGGGUAUCAACUAGCAGGUCUGAAGUGGGGUUCAGCUACGCCUAUGGCUGGUCAUUCUUCACCGCCGGCUUUGGUUUCCUGGCCUCGGAGAUGGCGGCCGUGGUGACCGUGACCCUCUUCCUGAAGCGGAACUCAAAGUUCGAGGACAUGGCCCGCAUCAUCCCGGGCCUAGAGGACAAGAUCCCCGUGGACGGGCCGGAGCCUCACCCCUAUAGGGAGGACAGGCGGUACCUGUGUCACCCCGAGAGUGGGGAAGACCAUCGGUUUCAGUUCGGGGGAGGUUUGCGGAACAUGAGCGUGUCUGCUUGAUGUGGGGUGCAAGGACCGUGUACAGCCCAAUUUUGUUUCACCAGAUGGUGGAGAUACUUGGUCUGGUGUUUUGUUCGUCGGCAGCAUUUGCAUCCAUCCAUGUCACAGAGUUAUGGCUACGUUGUCAGCCUGACAUUUGACAUACGUCUGAUGACAUUCGUGCAAUGGUAUCAGUGGGAUGACAUCUGUGUGAUGAUGAUGUUCGUAAUAUGACAUUCUGUAAUUGCACUGCAAGCUUUGGUGGAUACAGAAAUACGUGUAAUGACAUCGAUGUGUUGACAUUUAUGUCAAGACAUUUGUGAGAUGACAUCCCCUUAUGUCACAGCGACACUGAUGUAUACAGAAAUACGUGUAAUGACAUCCAUGUGAUGAUAUCUACGUCAUGACUUUUGAGAUGACAUCCCCUCCCCAAUGUCAAUGCAAACCACGGCCGAUACAGACAUGCGAGAUAGCCGGAUAUAUUUCCGGAUCCGUUCAAUGACCGGAAACUGUUAAACGGAAGAUCCAGCGUAAGACACGAUUCCAUUCGCUCCAGUGAAG